AUGCCACCAGCCAAGAAAGCCGCCGGCAAAGGAGGAAAAGGAAAGGCGAAAGAUGAAUCUGGCGAUGCGAAAGAAACGAAAGUGAAAGGUGCCCAGCAGAUUAACUGCUCUAAACAUAGUAAAAUGACGGAAGCGCUCCAGAAGCUGGAGGGGGGUGCUAAGUUUGAUGAUGUGGCUAGGGAGUUGUCGGAGGAUAAGGCGAGGGCUGGAGGUGCAUUGGGAUGGAAGGGAAGAGGAGACUUGGAUGCGGAGUUCGAGAAGGUUGCUUUUGAAAUGGAGGCGAGUACGACAACAAAACCAAAGUAUAGGGAGGUUAAGACGGGAUUUGGAUAUCACAUUGUUAUGGUUGAGGGAAGAAAGUAG